AUGUACUCGGAUGUGCUCGGAUGCAGAUUCGAACUCGAGACGGAUCAUAAACCCCUCGAAGCGAUUUUUGCUCCGUUUUCGAAACCGUGCGCAUGGAUGGAAAGGUGGGUGCUGAGGCUGCAAGCGUACACGUUCAAGGUGAUUUACAAGAAAGGAGUAAACAACAUCGCUGAUUCGUUUUCGCGGCUCGCAACAACCUUCGACGCAAACGAGUUCGACGGAGAUAACAGCUACCUGAUUCUGUUGAUCGCAGGCUCAGCGGCUUGCUCAGCGGCCAUCGACACCGGGGAGAUCGAAGAGGCCUCAUACCAGGACGAGGAAUUUCCAGCAGUUCGCGAAAGUCUGGUAGACUGGUAUUUGGAAGGACACGCUCGCCAAGCCUUACGAAGUUUUCAAGAACGAGCUCGGAUUCGUUGGAGACAUACUAGUAAGAGGAAUGAGACUGGUGGUGCCACAAGCGCUACGCAAACGAAUGAUCGAACUGGGACAUGA